AUGUCAGAAGUAGAGCCUAGGAUUAUAACUUACUGUGAGGUUUGUUCCUUUCCACCUGAAUUUUGUGAGUUUGGAUUGACCUUCAAGAAAUGCAAAGAAUGGUUGAAGCAAGAGCAUGAAGACCUAUUCGACAAAUUAUAUAGUGAGGAUGCUUUGGCCAAUGCAACUAGUACACUCUCAUUGGAAAAGGAACAAGCCAUGUCUAAAGACUUAGAGAAGAAACAGAAAAAAGAGGAAGCUAAAAUGGAAAGGGAAUUACAAAAGAAAUUGGCAUCGAAAGUUAUCAUAAAGCGAAUCGAAAGAAAUCGAAGAAAGCAUGUAAUUUCUAUAUCUGGUUUAGAAGUCUUCAACAUUGACAUGAAGAAAUUGGCAAAAACUUUCGCAUCUAAGUUUGCGACUGGUGCUUCGGUCACCAAAAAUGCAGAGAAAAAGGAAGAAAUCAUGGUGCAAGGGGAUAUCAGCGACGAAGCCAAGGUAUAUAUUGAGAAACUUUUAGAAGAGAAAGGUUUGAAUGAAGUUAAGGUCGAACAAAUCGACGAGAAGAAGAAGAAACCGAAGCCAACGCCUUAA